AUGGCGCACAUUGUUGCGCCAAUGUUACUCCACAUUAUUCAAACUUCAGACACCAACUUUGACCCUAGAAUAUUGGCGUUACAGGAUUACCAUCUUUACUCUCUCAGGUUACCUACCUUUUGGAAUUUCGAGAGUUCACCGCUAUGGUCCGUUCCAAAUCUGCCAAAGAAACCUACCAUCAAAUAG